UCGUGGUGAGUUUUUCCAAUUUUCGUUUGAGUUAUUUUAUCCUUCCGGGGCCCGGCAAAAGAGCCCCACUCAAGAGCUUAUUGUCUGCUACAGAGGACAGAAAUCAGCAGGCGCGACGCUUCCGAGACCCACCAUGUUUUCCCAUGAUGCCUUCUUCGUACAGAGCUGUAAACAUUUGAACUCGCCAGAGCUGUUCGGGACUGCGUGUAGCCGGAUGGCAAGUUUGAGAGCUGACGGAAAAAGACGAUAACGUUUUAUUCUGAAGGCAUUUUUUUUUUAAAUGAGCACGACACCUUUUGUGAGCUGAGCUUGCGAUAUCGUAAGGGAGACUGGCGAAAAGAGAGAAGAAGCGGCCCCCUGUAUUUUUUUAACCAUGGAAACAACUGGACGCAGUUAAGACUCUGGUUGUAUUUUUGACCUCUCUAAGCGGCAACCAGAUGCCCUACUGGCAUUAAUGUGAAAUGGAGGCCUUUUGGGGGACGCUACAGGAUGAAACUGCAAGACAAAGAGGGAGUUCAGGCAGAAACCACACGGGCAGGUGCGUGGAGAGGCUGGAAUCAGCGUUCUCUCUCCUCCCCAGCGCCAUCCUGUCGUCAUGUGAACCGGAGCUCCAGGAGCUGAUGCGUCAGAUCGACAUCAUGGUGGCCCACAAGAGGAGCGAGUGGGAGAGCCAGCACCGGGCCCUGCAGGGGCGGCUGCAGGUUCGAGAGGAGGAGCUCCGUUCUGCCAGGGACGCUCUUGAGCACAAGCACAAGGAGGUGGGAAUGUUCCGACAGCAGCUGCUAGAGGCGCAGAAUGAGAAGCAGGAGCUGGUCUCCAAGUACGAGGAGCAGCUGCAGCGAGUUCAAGAAGAGUUGUCCAAGCUCAAGCGGAGCUACGAGAAGCUGCAACGCCGGCAGCUGAAGGAGGCCAGAGAAGGAGCCAGGAGCCGAGAAGAAGACAGGACGGAACUGAGCAGAUUAAACGGCAAGAUAGAGGAGUUCCGUCAGAAGUCAGCUGAGUGGGAGCAGCAGCGACUCCAGUACCAGAGACAGGUGGCCGCCCUGGAGGCUCAGAGGAAAACGCUGGCUGAGCAGUAUCAGCUUAUGCAGGAGUCGGCUGCCUACCACUCCCAGGUUUCUGGCCGCCAGCAGGAGCAGAGUGAGCUGGCCAUCCAGUCGGAGGUCCAGCGUCUCCGGAGCCAGCUGGAAAGAGCCCAGGACAGACUGCACGCCCAGGAGAUGGAGCUAGAGCGGUUCAGCCUUCUGUGGGAAGAACUGGGAGACUCCAGGAGGGAACUGCAGGUCAGCAGGGUGCUGAGUGAAGAGAAAACCGAACUGAAGGCCACCCUGAACACACAAGAUGAGUUUGUCCGUAGCUCAGGGCUCCAGCAGAAACAGCUCCGUGCUGAGCUGGGCAGGCUGUCUGAGGCCCUGCAGGCUAAAGAGCAUCUUAUCAGGUCUCUUGAAAGCUGCCUACAGAAGCAGGGUAUGUCUGGAGGGCUGGCACCUCUGAGACAGGAUCUGGAGCAGGUUCUAAUUCAGCUCAGUGCUACACGCGCAUGUGAGGGGCACCUGAAAGCAGAGGUGGCUCUGCUUCAGGAAAGCCUUGAAAAGAUGCACAUUCAGUCAGAGGGUCUUAAAGAAGAACUGUAUGGAAAACAGCAGGAACUCCAGCGGAUGGAAGAGGAGCACAACCACUGCGUGGGCGAAAAUAAGAAACUGAGGGAUGAGCUGCAGAGGGCACUGCAGACACAUCGAGGGGAGAUGGAGGGCAUGAAGAAAGAGGUUUCCAAGCUGACGGGCGAGCUUCACCAGAGGGAUAUCACCAUAGCAACUCUGAGCGGCUCUGCCUCCAGCAUUGAGCGCCAGCUCCACGCUGAGGUCGAGAGGACGGAGCACAGGGCAGCCGAACUCAAGGUGGCACAAGUGCAGCUGGAGACCCUGAAGAUGGAGAAUAAGCACCUGACUGAGAUUCUUGAACGCAUGGAAUCCAGGACCUCUAAGAAGACUGAGGGAUCCCUGUCGGCGCUGAGAGACGGCUAUGUGUCCUCUCUGGACAGCCUCGAGCAGCAAAACCUGCAGCUGCGGAAGGACCUGGCUGAGGUGGGUGCCAGGCUGGACACAUCCAUGCAGGCCUGGCAGGAAAAGUACGAGAGGGCACUGGAGCAGAGCCAGAAUAAACUGACCCAGCUGGGCGCUCAAGAGCAGAGGAAAGUCCAGGAGAUGCAGAUGAAACACAUGCAGGAGCUUCAGGACUUGAAAACCAAAAUGCAAGAGACUUCUAUGCAUUAUGAAAAGGAAAUUGAGAACCUCAAACAUCGCCUGCAAGAAGCCAAUCUCAAAGCCUUCCCCAGCCUACCAGAUGGACAGUCUCUGGCCAAUAAGAGUAAUUCACCAACUUCCUCGUCCUCCCAGUCAUUGAAAGGAGACCAGGAAAAAUCUACACGUCCAAGCACAGCGCACAGCAGGAAUGAGGACAGUUCCUCUGACACUGCCUCAGUAAAAUCUCUUGGGUCUGUGGAACAUAAAGAGUUUACACCACUGGAUCCUCUACCUGCCUCGCCCGUGAGUUCUGUUGCCACUCGCUUCCUUGAGGAUGAGAACAAGCGCUCCCAAGACCUGCUCAAACGUCUGGAUGCGCACAUCCAGGACAUGAGAGAGGAUACCACAAAAACAGUGAAAAAGUACCUGGAGAAGGAGGCUGGGUCUUCCUCUGAUUAGAGUCCUGCCUAGUUGUCAUUUAUGUUUACCUUGGAAACCCAAGAGCACCCCAUCAUGGUGCCCAGUCACUGGUUCAUUCCCACAGCCACCUUCCCCUGCUGCAGUUAAUUUGCCACUCUUGAUGGACUGCAAAUGCUGUUCAUGAAGUGAUGCUAUCUGGGUCUCCUACAGUAAAUCAGGGGCAGGCGGCAAAGAGACUAGGGAUACACAUAUAUAUGUAUGUAUGAAUAAUUAAAUAAGACAUCCUGUGCAGACAAACCUCUCAACAGAAGCAUUGCACUGCCUCUAUAUUUUUAUACAAAACUGACCUCCUUUACUACUUUUUAAUAUUAUUAGAGAACAGGAAGGUAGUCUGCACCUGAUGUGUAAUUUGGUUUUUAAAGUAAUCGUCAGUGGAGCAGACAAUGUCCUGCACUUUCAUAGAAGAGCGCAACAUCUCUUGGAGCACUUAUUUUUUUAUUGUCAACUCUUGUCAUGUCUGUACCUUUAUUUCAUUCUUUUUUAAUGGUGAUUUUCUCUGUGUUUUCUUUGUCAAAGGUCAGUGGAAGGUGCUAUUGUGUAUUAAGAGAUGUAGUAAAUAUUUUUGUACCUGUAAAUUAAACGUUUUAUAUGUUUCACUGA